AAAGAAUAAAGAGCUUAAACUGUUUUCUUUUUCAGCUUGCUGUAGAAAUGGCAAAAGAAGAAAGCCACUUCUUUAGUUGGCCACCGGUCGGAGCUCCAUUGAAUGUACAAAGAGAGGAAGAACAUUGGAAACAUUUUGACAACUAUGUCAAUGCCGUGUCUUUUGGCUUUGUUGCUACUGCCAUUCUCAUCUCCAUGUUCUUAGUAAUGGCCAUCUUCGAACGCUUUCUUAGAACCAACGCUUCUUCUCCCCCUAACCAUGGUGACCUUGAAUCUCAACCCGGUUUCAAUGGCAAGCUCAGCCACCCAUCACCUAAAAUGACAGUAUACACCAGCGGAGUUUCGGUGUUAAUGCCGGGGGACGAGAUUCCUACUUUCAUCGCACACCGGGCUUCUGUUCCCUGUCCACCUGAACGCCAUUCCUUGCCUCAACAGCAACACAAUCCAUUGAACAAUCCUGCCUCAAACUCCGCCGUAACCAUUAACGCAAGUCAUUGAGAGAAAAAGAGAGCUUAACUCGACAAACCGCUUUCAACAUGCGACUCCAAACUAUGAUUGCGAUUAUACCCUCCGGCGGAGAAAGUUUACUUGGAUCAGAGUUGCCCUUUUUUGGCUUCUCUGCCAUAGAAUCUAUAUAUAUUGUGUACAUGUAUAGUUUUUGGUGGACUGCCUGCCCGGCUUUGGCAAUUACUUGGAAUUGCUGCAUGCUGUCAAUGCCCACCAUUUCAUGUUUACCAUCACAUUGAUCGUUUAUACAUGUAAAAAUGUGGU